ACAACCACCGUGCUUCACGACACGUUGAUGUGGAAUGACUUUGACAGUCCCUUAAUUUCUACCCAUCAAGCUCCAUCUUUAGCUAAUCAUGUUGAAGGCUAUAAUUUUAAUUGGGGGACCGCAGAAAGGUACGAGAUUCCGGCCCCUGUCACUGGACAUGCCCAAACCUCUAUUUCCAGUGGCUGGAUUCCCUAUCAUUUAUCAUCAAAUAGAGGCGUGCUGCAAGGUGCCAGACCUCAGAGAGAUUCUACUGAUCGGCUUCUACCAAUCAAACGAUGCGCUCAACUCGUUUAUACAGACGGCUCAGCAAACCUUCAGAAUACAGAUCAGGUACUUGCAGGAGUACACUGCCCUUGGAACAGCAGGUGGGAUCUACCACUUCCGCGAUCAAAUCCUCGCAGGGAAUCCAGAGUAUUUUUUUGUGAUGAACGCUGAUGUCUGCAGUGACUUCCCCUUGUGUGAAAUGCUGGAGUUUCACCGACAGAAAGGAGACGGAACAAAUGCCACCAUCAUGGCCACUGAGGCUACUCGCCAGCAGUCUCUGACAUAUGGCUGCAUCGUGGGGAACAAGGAAACGCAUGAGGUUAUGCAUUACGUAGAGAAGCCUGGUACAUUUGUUAGUAACCUGAUCAACUGCGGGAUUUACCUGUUCUCACCUGACAUCUUUACUGCCCUGGCCAUCAGUUUCCAGAAGAACCAGGAAGAGAAUUACAGUAAUCCUGAACUGUACAGGUACAUGAAUGGUUUUGACCCAAACACACCAUCGAGACAAGUGAUCCACUUUGAGCAGGACGUGUUUGUCCCGAUGGCAGCCACAGGAAGGUUGUAUGUCUACCAGACGUCCAGAUUCUGGAGUCAGAUCAAGUCUGCUGGCGCUGCUAUUUAUGCAAAUCGGCAUUACCUGGCCAUUUAUAACCGGACUCACCCAGAUCUCCUGGCAAAGGGCGGAGAGAAAAUGCCGAGGAUAAUCGGGGACGUCUUAAUACAUGCCACAGCCGUUGUAGAUCCUUCAGCAACUCUCGGCCCUAAUGUAACGAUCGGUAAAAAUGUUGUGGUGGGAGCUGGGGUUCGAGUGCGAGAAUCCAUCGUCUUGGAGGGCGCCACUUUGCAGGACCAUUGCUGUGUUUUGCACAGCAUUGUGGGAUGGAACAGUGUUGUUGGAGUGUGGACUCGUGUGGAGGGCACACCAAAUGACCCAAACCCUAACAAGCCCUUCGCUAAGCUGGAGAUCCCUGAACUGUUCACUGAUGAUGGCCGACUUAACCCAUCAAUAACUGUUAUAGGAUCUCAAGUCAAUGUUCCGAGAGAAAUCAUAGUCUUGAACUCCAUAGUCCUGCCACGUAAAGAUCUCAACAGGAGCUACAAAAACCAAAUCAUUUUGUAACAUUCAGAAACCUGUUAUUAAAAGAGCAGAUGGAGGAUCAGGGCAACACAGUGGUCUCCCUUAGGCGAAGUCUUCUAUCAAUCAGUGGUUACAUAUAAAUUAUUGUUUUAUGUGUCAUGUUCAUGUAUUCACACAGUUUUAGGAACAUCUUUUAGGUUUAAUAUCGAUGAGUUUUCUCAGUGGGAGGAAAUAUUUUAUUACUAUUAUUUUUUUUAGGGGAAGGAAAAUGCAUGAUGCAUCAAUCCAUAUUCAGUUAAAUGUUGAUAUUCAUUACUGCAAGCUGGAGAUUAUCAUCAUCAAUUUAAUUGGUCUUAAUGUUAUAUUUAUGUGUGAAUUGUUGCAAAAGAUAACAAGUCAAAUUCCAGAAUAGCAGUUUGUACUGAUUGGUUUGUCCUUGACAACUGCCAGUUUUGCUAAUCGUCUUUCAUUUGACAACAAUGACGAUGUGCAGCUGUUGAUAAUUGAGAUGUAUUUGCUAUCUAUCCUGGAAGUCAUUGUUUAACAGCAUUAGCUUUUCUGUGCCUGUUUUCACUGCUUUUAAGCUGUGACAAAACAGCUUGAUCUGUCUGUCUGUGGGUUGGUCAUACGUUCAGUUAUUUUAACUUGCAGCCUGAGUGCAAAGAAGACAACGCAAAGUGUGACACACAGAUGUGAUAGGUGAGAGACGGGCACGUUGUUUUGCAAGCGCUGUUUGGAUUGGCAUAAUUUUACAAACUUGAACAAAGUCGUGCUCAGACUCUGCAGAUGUUCAGAUCAAGUCUCCUUCUCACCAAUCACUGAUCACUGAUCAGUGUACAUUUUAGUAAUCAGUGUUCUCAUACGGACUAACAACACAGGACCUUUAAUUAACUUACAACCCUAAAUUUUGAGUGUCUGCCAACCAACCUACUUUCUGUAUAGAUUUGAUGUAGGAUUUUUGCUAAAAGGCCACACAGUUUUAACAAGCUUACAAGCUUACAAGCCUACUGUAUGUAUACAAUCUUUUAAACACUGGUUUGCUCAAGCGCUGACACAGUUGCUUCCCUUGGAUUGGUUUCCAUGUCCGUGUAGUCAUGUCUUUGCUAACUGGUACCACUGCAUUUUGAUUCAAGCUUGAGGAGCUUUAAGGUAUGGUUUUUCUCUUUUCCAAUUUGUGGUACUUUGUAUACGUUACAUGUGGAUGUCACUUUAUUUUUAAGAGAGUCAUAAGUUUUGUUUUAACAUGCAUUUUGUAGAGGUUCGAGAACUCCACAAGAAGUACCUGCAUGCCAGUUUUUACCUCGUCUUUACUUUAUUGUAGUCAUGCCUUAGACCUAAUUUCUCACAAGAGGGAUUCAUAUUUGGAAGUGUUACUGUUGUUAACAUGUGUUUUAAAAUUAGUAAAUCAAAGUUCAUUUAAAGGAUACAGGAUCGAUUCUGAGUUGUUAGUGUGAGAAAUAGGUAAGACCUGGCUAAGCCUUGCCUAAGCUGAAUUUUAGGUAUGGCACAUUCAUUCAAGCAUGACCCAGGAAACCCUAUCUCCAAUGUCAGCCAAUCAGCAUCGAUUUUGUAUCCCUUUAAUCCUUAGCUUUAAUCUUACCACUGCAAGUUAACAUUUGAAUGAUUGGAUUGCAGGCUCUAAGCUAGCCCUUGACCAAUGGGAUCCCAGGCUCUGCUUUAGCCAUUAACCAAUGAGAUUGCAGGUUCUCAUGUAGCUCUUGACCAAUGGGAUCCCAGGCAUUGCUGUAGCCAUUAACCAAUAAGAUUCUAACCAGUCGUCUCACCAAUGAGAUCACAGGGUCUAAUCUAGCCCUGACCAAUGAGAUCACAAAUUCCAAUCACACAAGCUUUUUUGGAUCAUUAGAAUUUGGUUUGGCUGCAGAUUUUCUGGAGGAUUGAGAGCUGAAAGGUACAGUGCUAUAUUUUAACCUGAAGUUUUUUUUUUCCACACUUUAACCUGAUGGCUGUCCCAUAAGUGAAAAAUCCUGGCAUAUGAUCUUACUGGUAAACUCGAAAGUAAAAUAAAUACAUAAAAUAAAGCCUAUAGAUAGAUCUUGUACUUUCUUUCGCUAAAAUUGGAUGCUUGUAAAAAGUAAGAAGUGUUGUCAGAUUUUUAGUUUUAUCCUUCAUGACCAAAGAUGUCCGGCUCAUUUUCUCUGAAAAAUUUUAAAGACUAAUGCCUGAAGAAAUCUAUAUAUUUUAAAUACAUACCCUAAAUGACCUAAAAAUUCAACCACAAAAGAGCAUUUUUGGAGGCAAAUAAAUGUCAUGAGAUAUUACUUUAGGUGCUAAAAUUUAUAUUUUCCCAGCAGGAUAUCAUCCUACCUUCCAAACACCUCUCAAAGCUCCUUUCUAAAAUCAGUAGAACUCCCAGAAUGUGGAAAAAUAAGCAACUUAGUCAUGGAUGAAGGUCAUUUAAGGUCAUUUGAUAAGGUACAUGUAAUACCCUUGGUUCACCCACAGUAUAUUAAAUAUACAUACAUCUGGUACUUAUGUAGUUAUAUACAGCAGGGCCCGCUUGUACGAAGUUGUCAUAUCGUUACGGGCACGUAACUACUACGACAAUCAGUAAUAGAAGCAUUGCGUUGCCAUGGCCGUUACAUCCCUGUAACGUUAAGUGGGUUUGGUACAAGUGGGUCCUGAUAUGGAACCAAAAACCAAAGUGCAAGUAUGAAAAUAUGAAUAAUUAAAUCCAU